CUCAAUAGAAAAAAGAAGAGAGAAAAAAAAAUUCCCUCCAUUUUUGUUUUUAUUUUGCGGGAAACAACAAUAAAAAAAAACAACGAAUUGCAUUGCAACAAUAGCGCAAAAGAAUUGGUUUGAAACGCACAUACAUUCAUUCAUUCAUUCGUUGAUCAUCAUCGUUUGCAUUCGUUUGUUUUUUCGAAAUAAAUUAUUCUUCUUGGAUUCCAUGUUUCAAAGAUGCCUACCAUUGCCUAUGUCGAUGAUAAUGAAGAGGAAGAGAUAAAACAAUAUACAAGCUGUUUAUUUUCAACAUUAAUACGUGAACAAUUGCUAAAUAGUGGUCAAGUUGAUGAAACAGCAAUCGAAACAAAUCCCGAUCUAGAUUUUUUAAACUGUCAACUUAGUAGUGCCUUAAUGAAACAAAUUGGACGAGAUUUGAAUGCUAUAUCGAUAGAAUUUGCUCGAAGUUCUGAACGUAAUCGUGUUUUGGAACAAGCUCAACAUGUCGAAAUUGAUCAUAUUAAUUAUGAUGAUUUUCGACAAUUUUUAGAAGAAUUAUUUGUCGAUGGUAUUACACGUGAACGUAUUGUUGUUUUAUUUUUUUUCUGUUCGGAUGUUGUUGUUCGUGCAUAUAAUAAUCGAUUGGCUAGCUUUAAACGUUUGUUUAAUUGGUUUCUAAACUAUAUACUAAAUCGUAUUUGUGGAUGGAUUGCUAAUCAUGGCGGAUGGAAAGUUGUUCUUGGAACCUAUGUACCAGCUGUUAGUCAAACAGUAUUCUAUUGGCUUGGUAGUGCUGCUAUCGUUAUGUUUAUGUACAAGAAAAUAUUUCAAUAUUGAAUAAUCGUCAUCUAUCUAUCUAAUCUAAUCUAAUAUAUAAAAAAACCCACCUGGAUCUUCAUUACAAAUUUUACUUAUCAUCAUUUCAUAUUGAUCUUCAUAUCACAAAAGUCUUUC